UUCAGCUUCAGCUUCAGACGCGUGCGCUAUGGAGCCGUUCCUUGCGUGAUCGUGUCUGACAUAACCUACCUACACUCUACUAGUCUUAUUUUGGAUGUGAUGUGGUUAGUUUGUUUAGGUAUAAUCGUAGUUUAUUGGAAUAUCGUUUAAUUUGUUACAUACUCGCUUUUGUUUAGUUUUUACCAAAUGUAUUUUAACAACCUGCACCUUUAAUUAAAUAGUUGGAUCCUGUUUACCUAUAACUAAACUGAUUAAAUUAAAACGUGCCGGUGCAUUAAAAAUGUUUUCAUUUAUAAGAAUUGUUGCUGUAUUUACCAUAACACUUCCUUAUACAAUUCAGCAGCAAUUUUUUGAAGAAAGUUACCGUACAUGUGAAUUUGAAAAUGCAGCCGACAAAAAAACAAUCACAGUUCCAAAUCAAGUGUGGAAUGUUCAGGGUUUAAACAGACAUAAGGACGUGCUCAUCAAACUAUCAAUAUGCGACUUAGGGUCUUCUAUUCCCGAUUGCGAUGUAGGGGCGACUGUAUGUACAGUGAACAAGAAGAAGAAUCGCUACAUUAUCAAAAAUGCGGGUACUUCUUUUAUUUAUACCAAAGAUGAUACCGAAGCAAAUAUUUUCAAGUCGAUUAAUGGAGAAUUUUGCGAUGGCGAGGAAAGGUUUACGACUAUCAUUGAGUUUAGUAGAUAUCCGGAUAUUUCUCUGGAACCAAAAUUUAAAUUCAUGAGCGAGUGUGAACUAAAAAUCGAAAUUCCUGAUCCCGAAUACGAACCGCCAUGUACUUUAAAAAAAAAUGGCCACUUUAUUGACAUGAGAUCACUAAAAAAUAUAGAAACAAUUGUAGAACAUCCUGAACCGAAAAUGAAAUUUAGCUUAAAUGUGUGCAAAAAAUCUCCUAAAUGUGAUCCAGACGUAUCAAUAUGUCAGUUGCUGGAUGAUGGCCGGUCAACUGCAAUAUCAGAUGUUAGUAGCCAACGUUUACUCCUCAAGGAGGGAAGUCUCUUAAUCCAAGGCCAUACCAAUGAAUAUAGGCGGUUCAGGCUAGAAUUUAGACUUAAUCUUAAAUGCAAUUGGAAAGCGACUGGAUUAACGAAUUUAGUUUACGUAAAACCUCAGCAAAAAGGGAAACGUUAUAGUUUCAGUGCAGAGUCAUCAGUUGCCUGUGUUAAGUUACCAAUCAACUGCUUGAUACGAGAUCCAGCUAAUGAUAAUUUUUUGUACGAUUUGAGGCGAUUAUAUCGAGGUGGUAAUGGAUGGAACGUCAAAAAUGUUACUGGUGGCAGAAUAGACAUCAGUAUGUGUGGUCCUUUACGGUUUUCAGACUCUACAACUGAGUGCGCAAAGCAACAUUCUCAAGUGUGUCUUAUGAAAGGUGGAGCAAUUAAUUUGGGUAGCAUUCAGAAAAAUAUUCAAGUCACUGCUCAUGAUACGGUUAUUACAAGUUUUACUGAUGGCAGUGCAUGUUUCGUAAAUGGUACUGAAAGGAGCUACAGCACUGAAAUUGAGUUUAUAUGUAAAAUUCAGGAAGAUGGUCCUAUAGUGCAUGAUAUAAUUGAUGAAUGUGUCUAUAAAAUAAAGUGGUAUACUCCAAUUGCUUGCGCCAAAAAUCUACCAAUAGGGGAUGAUUGUAGAGUAACUGACAUGACCGGACCAAUCAAUUUGAACCCAAUGCGCCAGUAUCAGGAUAGGACCCACACUUUGUCCCCAAAUUCAUUUUUACGUUUUAAUUUAUGCGGCCCGCUAAAUAAACGUUGUAACAAUCAUACAGCAGCCGUUUGUUUGGUGAAUGGCAACACGGAGCAUGUCUUAGGAAGAACAAAUCUAACACUGGUUAAGAAUAAUGAAAUAAUAUCGACCAUUAUGAAGGGUGAUAAAUGCUCUGGAAAAAUGUCGGAAUUAAAAAUUAACUUUAGAUGUAAUCAGUUUGCAACCCCUGGUGGGCAAGUGCAAGUCAAAAUUAUUAGAGAUUUCUGUGACUAUGAGAUCACUGUAAACACUCCAACUGCCUGCUCACCUAUGUCUUUCUUCGAUUGUAAGUUGUAUAACGGAAACUGGUUGUAUGAUCUUUCGCCUUUAAUGCGACAUGAUGCCAAUUAUGAAAUCAAACAAGCAGGUUUGCUAUACAGUUUAAAUUUAUGCAGGUCUGUUGUUAGAACGAAUAAUGCGCAAUGUACCGCAUAUGCAGGUAUUUGUAUGAAAAAUUUGACUGAAAUGCACGAGAAAAAGAGCUACAUCUCAUUGGGCAUGAUUAAUAGUGAUAUUGACCUCAAACUAGACGGCGCUGAUGUGGUAGUUGAAUAUAAACAUGGCACUUUGUGCCCUGACGAUUUUUCUGAUAGAUCAUCUCUAAUUCGAUUUAAAUGUUCUACUCUUGAAGAAGGUCCAAAGCUUCUACGCAAGACAGCCUGUAACCAUGAAUUUGUGUGGAGAACGCCUGAAGCGUGUGGUAAGAAUCGAACUAAUCCAAAGAUGAGGUCUCCACCUGCGUGCAUUUUUGCUGAUCCUGUUACUAAGAACACCUUUGAUUUGGCUGCGAUUAAUACAAUAAUUAAAUUCGAAAGGCAUAAUGAAACUUUUAAGGUACCCAUCUGUUCAAAUGCCUUUACUUAUUGUACCUUAAACAAUGGUUUAAAUUGUACUACAUUGGAUACAGAUUUUCAAUUAGCAAGCUCUUCAAAUGGACCAUCAAUUUUGUAUUCUUUAUUCAACAGGUCGUGCACUGACAAUAUAGUAAACUUUGUAAAUAUUAGUGUAAGCUGUGAACCGACCUAUUCCAUCAAUAAGUUUGAAGUUGGAGAAAUUACAAAUUGUACACAGUAUGCAGAUUUAAAGACUCAACAUGUUUGUAGUAAAGAUCUAAUAUUGAAGAGCAAUGAAAUUAUUAGCAGUAAACCUGAAAUUGUAAGUCAAACUGAAAAUCAAGAUUGUACAAUACCAGAACUGAAUCACUUCAGCUUGAACAGUCUAGGAAAUUUGAAAAUCUUUUCCAUGUCGAAUAAUUCAUUGUAUGUUUUUAAUUUUGAUCGAAAGGGAGAUUGCAAUGGAUUAGUUUGCAAAGACGGCUUAAGUAUGGGACCAGAAGUUCAUCUCUGCCCACUUACGAAAAUUGACGAUGUAGAGUCGUCAGUUCGAUUAAUCUACAGAAGUAGAAUGUGUCUUGAUGAUUUUUUCCGGUCAGAAAUUUUGUUGAAGUGUGAUGAAAAUUCUGUUCCCAGAAUAGUGAAGGAAACCGAUUGUUCAGUUGUUGUCCAUUAUCCAUUCAAAGAAGUGUGCACAUGGUUUCCACAAUCAGGACAGUUGGAGGUCUCAAGUGCAGAUUCUACAGGAGUAGCGGUUGGAUCUUCUGUUGGUGUAUUGGUACUUUUAGCACUUGUUGGCGGAGGUAUAAUAGUUUUUAAAAAAAGAGGUAUGCAACGAAACACUUCGUAUGAAACUAUUUCAAGUGAUAAGCGGCGACUGUAUGUCUAUUGUAAGAACGCAGAACUGUAAGCAGAAUAUAAUAGUACCAGCUCACUCGUCGAACCAAAAAAGCGUUAAUUUAUUGAAGCAGCCAAACGAAUUGUUAUGUGCAGUAUGUGAUAUAAAUGUUGAUGUUUCAUCAUCAUAACGCCCAGUUGUAUAAUAUAUGAUUAAAAUCUCUUUGCGAGCUAACCACAAAUUGAAGGACCAAUUAUGUUUACUAUUCUUUAAUUAAUUUGCAGGAAAUUUCCUUUUUCUUUGUGAACUGGACAUAUUACAUUUAUUUAUAUAUCAAUUUGAUUCAUUGCUUUUUAUUUUUGGAAAGAAUGAAAUUGUUUAGUUUUUUUACAUAUUGUUUUGGAAAUUAGUAUACGAUGUCAAAUUUGCCCAUAUCCAGUUCACAUUCACAUCAUUCACAUUUGUUGUAUUGGAAUAUCGCUAUGGACUGUACGGAUCUGUGAUCACCAUUUCAAAAAGGUAACGUUUUUAAAUUGGAAAAAUUUACGAAACAUAGCAUUACAUUUGAGAAGUAUUAUUAAAUUUUAGAAUAUUCUUUUGUGCAUUUUGAUUUUAAUGUUAAUAUAGUUCCUGAUAUUGUCUUGACUGAAUAGAGUAUAUUAUGAUUAUAGUUUGAAAAUUUAAUGUUCAAGUUUUUAUGUUUAUACAUUUUUGUUAGUAAUAUAAAAGCACUAUAACUA